AUGAGAUCAGCACCAAAUCCAUACAGACUGAUCGUUCCUCUAGUACCAGACGUGCCAUGGCGAUUCUCAGAUGUAGAUCUGGACCCCAACGAGACACAUACCCUCCAAUCAUUUGCUCUGCUCCCUCUUCUGUCACAGGUGGAAAGUUCACAUGGGGAAGAGGCAGCUCAGUGGAUCAGGGAUGCUGCUCAUGUUGCGCAGUGGUGGUUGACUGAGAACCGGGCUCGCUAUGAGUAUACUCCUGAGUCUUGA